CUUCCGGCUUCUGUGUUGCGGCUCCUUUCACAACUUCCCUCCAGGUCAUGAGGAGACACAGUUAACAUAAAAAAGGUCGUGUAACUGAGUUAUUUUAAUGAAUAAAUAUUAAAUUAGUCAACGGACAACUUUCCGACUCUAUGAUUCGACGGAAAACAGCGAAUAUCUUUAUUUAUCUGAAAACACAUCCUGAAACAUGGAGGAUCCAAACAGACCACAGAGGAAAAUGUCAACAACAGGAGAGAGUUUGUACAAGUUGCUGGGAGUGGAGAAGGGAGCGUCUCCUGACGAAUUGAAAAGAGCCUACAGGAAAAUGGCCUUAAGGUAUCACCCUGAUAAGAACCCAGACAACCCCGAAGCAGCUGAGAAGUUCAAGGAGAUCAAUAAUGCCCACUCCAUCCUCACUGAUGUGGACAAGCGUGGUAUCUACGACCAAUAUGGAUCCAUGGGCCUCUCUGUGGCCGAGCAGUUUGGGGAGGAGGGAGUCAAAUAUUACUUUCUCAUGUCCAAGUGCUGGUUCAAGACCCUGUUUGUGUGCUGCACUAUUUUCACCUGCUGCUGCUGUUGCCUCUGCUGCUGUUGCUGCUGCGGAAAGUGCAAACCACAUGAUGAAGAGGACAAUUUUGUCUACAUGGACCCUGAGGACCUGGAGGCUCAGAUCAGAGAACAAGAUGCAGCAGACCAUCCCGUAAUAGUUAUUCAGCCAAACUCUAGCGAUGCUGCUAUCCAUUCAGCAGACCAUCCCGUAAUAGUUAUUCAGCCGAACUCUAGCGAUGCCAAUAUGUAUUCAGGGGAGAACACGCCGAUUGUGAUUCAGACUCAUGCAGCCAAGGGGGGUUCGGGACCUGGAGAAUGAACGAAUGUAUCAAACACUGAAGUGCAGAAAAUGUUUUCAUCUCAGAGAUUUGUUUGUUUACAUGAGUCAAACUGCAAUUUAUUUGAUUGUGCCAUAGAUAUUUUUUUAAAAUGUGCUUUUUCUUUGAUCCAGUCUCGUAUUUAUUCAUUUUAAAUGUUAAAUUUCUGAAUUUUGGGCGGAGACAAAUAACAAAGCCAUGCAGAUCAAAGCCUCUGAGCUCGGGAUAAUUGUUUAUAUUCCUGCGCACUUUAAACUCACACAUUCAUAUUGAAUGUUCUGAAUAUUCUGAAGGUGCCAUGAUCAGAGCACGUUUUGGCCCAAGAUUCAGAAAUUUUCAGAUUUUUAUUUUUAAUAUGCCGAUUCAGGGGUUUCUGUGGAAGCUUGUUUCCAGCACUGAAAAAGGAUUUAAAAAAUGCCAAGCGUAAAUCAGAAUUUUGGUGUCAGAUCUCAAAGUUACGACUCAAUAACUCAGGAUUUUAAGUGAAGUCUCACUUAAAGUUUCACCUAAUCAGACGUUUGAGCCAGCAAGUUGAAAGUUUGAGAUGGUGACUUGAAAUUUCAACUUUACUUUGCCUCGCAGUUUUCAGUGGCUGGGGAAAAAGAACGCUUGUUCGGUCGUACUGCACAUAGAAACAGACUGUACGUUAAAGGGUUUACUGAUGUGGCCACAGAUCACACACAGAUUUAUCAAAUAACAAAGGUUUAGUUUUAAAAUUUUAGCGCUGCCUUAGGUGACACGGUUGCUAGGUUGUAAAUGAGUCGUUGAAGUUUAGUCUUGUGAUACUUGAGAGAUUUUAAGGAAUUACUAAAUCGCCUUCUGAGAGUUGGAUGAAGACUGUUGAUCACAUUUGUGUUUGUCCACUUGAAAUCUACUAAGGAUGGUAAUGACUUAGGGCAUUUACAGGAAGACUCAUAAUUGUAAAACAACAGCUUCAAAAUCAAACCAGAUUUAUAUACUUUUAAUUAACACAAAAAGUUCGAAUUUACUUCAAUGGUAUGUUUAGAAAUUAGUCCCAAAUGAGUUAGAUUUAACUGUGAUUGGAUGGGCGAGUGCAGUAAUGUGUAGAAACCAAAGAAGUCACAUGGAGGUUUCUGCUGUAGCGCCCUCUUUGUGUCUGAUUUCACCUAGCAACAACCAGCAAGCCCCAGGAACCACUCGCCAACCAGCUGGGGGAGCACACCUUUUUGCAAGCCGCCUCCUCCCUCACUACCUAAAGCAAAAAACCUGUUGGACCAGUGGACCAUUGUUUGUUCUGUUUGUGCAGAGAUUAAACAAAAGAAAUGUGUUUCGGACAUGUUGAUUGAUGUUUCCACUUGUGAUGUUUUUAACCUUUAUGCUUAAGUCCCUUUUGCUCCAGCUCAAGCUUACUUAAUUACACACAGGCACAGUGACAAUAAUCGGUUUUAACUCCUGGAAAGAAAGUGAGCCAGUGUUUUAAAAGAGGUACAGUUGGUCAUUUUUGUCAUUGCACGUAAGUAAAAAAAAAUAUGCAGAGAGGUGAAUAGAAAGUCGUGUGAAUUUUUCUACACUUGACACUAAAACCAUCGUAGUUUUUUUUUUCUUUAGAAAAUAAGAACGCAGCUUUCUGAUUUAUUGCCAUUUUGACUUCUUUGUGUAUGUCGUGAUUGUCGUGUAAAGUCAGAGCUAUAUUUAUGAUU